ACAUGUUUAAAGACAAGGUUAUUCCUGAAAUGUUUUUGGAGAUCCGUCAAAGCAAAAACAAUGACUGGAGAGAACUUGUAAUGACUAAUAUCACGGGAUACGAUUUUCUUAGCAAGGAUCUGCAUCAAGGAGAAUAUGUCAUCUCAUUAUAUGGAUGUUAUGCGGCAUAUGCGUGUCAAAUUCAGAUUGUUGCGUCCGUAACAUUACGUAGUUGCACAAUUGAGCCAGAACUCUACUCAGUCUUUAGAUGUAAAGUUUACAACGGAAGUCAAUUUUUCAAAAGCCCAGAGAGAAGUAUUGUGUCAACGAAAGGUCAGUCUCCUAGGGAAAUUCGAACCCCAACCAUUAUUAGAAGCAGCAAUGGAGGACAAACAAGUGUUGGGGUUCCUUUAAGAGCUUGGGAUGUAGUACAGAUUCAAUGUAUUGGAGAAAUUGAAAGCAUUAAUGGUGUACCUAGUCAGAAUAUCAGAUGGUGCAAGAAAACCUCUGGAAAGUUUACUGAAAUAACCUUACAAGAUCCUCCAAACACUGUCUUGGUAUGGAGCAGCAGAGAUGGAUGCACAAAUAUACAAAAAUCUGAAAUAUUUUACCAUAUCAUGAAAAAUGAUACAAACUUUGAAAUUAUGUGUGAAUCGGGAUACAAUACAUACAAUGCUGAAUGUGGACAAGGGAGUGCAAAGUCAACAAUUUUUAUAAACACGAACAUUUCGACAGAGGCUGAGGGACAGUGGAAGGUAUCUCCUGUAUUGCUUUACGACGAAAAUGGGGUCAUAAAUGAACAUUUCAAUACCCAUGGAAUUGGUAGAACCUUUCAUCUUAUGUGUAGCGCAUCCUCAUUCACAACUAAAGAACAGACGAUUAACUGGUGUAUCAAAAAGACAGAAAAUGCUAACUGGACCAAAGUUGUCACACAAGAAGAUGAAAUAAAGUCUUCAUCAAAUAAGAAUGGAGAAAUCAUAAUGUUCAGUAGAAUAACUUAUCAUGUAACGGAGUAUGACAAGGUCCUGACCUUUUCCUGUGAAAUUUCUGCUUCAUCUUCCAGCUUGUGUGGAUCUGGGUUAAGUUUUACAAGUCACAAAAUUUGGAUAAAUGCCCACCAAACGAUCCCAUCUGAAACAAAAAGAAGUUCUGCCUCUGUUGCCGUUUUAUCCGUGUUGCUGUGUUUGGUUCUGAUAACAGUUGUUGCUCUUGUGAUAAUAACAUACAGAAGAGGAAAAUUGACCAUAUUUGGCAUUGUGUUCAAGAUUGAGAGGAGCAACCAUCAAUUUCAAGUAUCAGAAGAUGUGAAUAAAGUUAUUUCAGUGCCUUCACAAUCAAUGUCAACGAAAAGUGUAUCAAAAUCAAGUGUACGAUAUAUUGAAGAACCAAUUAAAAGAAGUUCUAUAAGCAACUCAAUUAAGACAGACACUAAAAAUGAAAAAGAAUUUGAAGAUGAUACACAAGGGUUGUAUGAAGAAGCAGAGUGCAAUUUGGCAGUGCAAAGACAAAGCUUUUAUGAAAAUGAAGCUUUAAAAAACGAAAAUUUGAAUGAAGUAGAAACAUCAAAACACAUAGAUGAACCUGAAAUAUGUGACUAUGAUGAGUUGCACAUUGAAGGAGAACAACAAGACUAUGAAGAUCUGAAAUUAUAGAUAUUUAAAAAAAAAGAUCAAUGACAUUUCUUUCUUGAUAUGAAAAUACAAUAUAUAAUGACAUAUACAUAAAAGAAAAAUGAAAUUAUGAGACUCUAAGAAUAAUGAGGUUGAUUUAUUACAAUGGAACACGUUUGAACAAAAUCUGCAUAUUUUGUACAUAUAUAUUGCAUAUGUGUGUAUAGUAUCUCAUUACUUGUAUUGUAUGUAUAUCACAAAAAAAUUAUUAAUUAGAAUAACAAAAAUCAAAUAAA